AUGGAAGUGAUGAUGCUUGGGCAAGAGCUUAAUCAAUCAUGGUCAUACCUCAAAACUAUUGAUUCAUAUUUUGAUGAAGGUGGUUUUCAUGGUUUUGAAAUGGAUACUGAUAUAGGGAAUUGCCAGUUUUCUUCAUUGUUCCUCUCAACCACCGAGGAUUCCUCUGAAGUUUUCGCUUCUGUUCCUUACAUCUCAUCCGCGAACUAUGAUGAGUCCCAUAGUUACCCCUGUUGGAAUGAGGGUUUCCAAGCCCUAUCCCCAAUUCAACAGUGUUUGAUAAAUUUGGAAGAGUCCAGUAUUACUUCGGACGAAAAUAUGGCAUUUGAUGAGGUUGACGGCCUAAUUUGCAGCUGGAUAGGAAGCGAGAGCGGUCCACAAUCACAAGAAUUAGACAAAGUGAUACAAAUCGGGCCAUCAUCAAUUGAUGUCGAAUCAGUCCACAAACCAUUGUUCUUUCCCAAGGAAGAUAUGGAGCUGGACAACCAAUUGAGCAUUCUUCAUUUGCUCAAGGCGUGUGGAGAGGCAAUGGAGAAUCAACAAAAAGAGCUUGUGGAGGUAAUUUUGAAGCGAUUAGAUGAGAAGGCUUGUCCAAAAGGCAUAGCUCUUCAACGCUUGGCGUAUUACUUGAUCCGAUCAUUGGAUCAACAUUUAGACUACUUGACACAAGAAGCGAGCAAGAACUAUGCAGCGGCGUUUAGGGCUUUCUAUCAGAUUUUCCCUUAUGGUAGAUUCGCUCACUUCACCGCCAAUACGUUGAUACUAGGAGCUGUACCUGAGGACGCGGAGGUAAUUCAUGUUGUGGACUUUGAUAUGGGUGAAGGAGUGCAAUGGCCUCCCUUGAUUGAGGCGCUUGGAAGGCAACGUCAACGGGCUAUGCGAAUAAUAUCAGUUAAAUGUGAGGACUCCAAUGGUGUGAAUGUGCACUUUGAGAAGGCAAAGGCACUGCUUUUUGAGCACGCCUUUUCUUCAGGUUUGAAGUUGAAGGUCGAGGAGAUGGACAUGGAAGGCUUGUCAACCGAGAUGAAGAACAUCAAGAAAAAGUGUGGAGUAAGAGAAUGGUUAGCCUUCAAUUGUAUGGUCGGUCUCCCCCACAUGGGGAGGCAGAGGAGUUCUAGGCAAGUGACCGAGUUUCUAAAGAUAGCUCAAGAAUCAAUCAACACCGGUAAGAAAGAUAGGGGCAUUGUAACAUUUGGGGAUGGGCAUGGAGCAGAGGAGGAGACAAUGAUGAGUGAAUUUCACGGUUUUGGUUCUUUCUUCGAAGGCCAAUUGGGGCAUGUCACGGCCUUGCUCGAGUCAAUGGAGUGGCAUAUGCCUGUGCACCUUAAAGAAGCAAGAAUAGCCAUGGAGUGUCUAUUUGUGGCACCCUAUGUUUCUUCUCUUGCUUGCUUUGAGAAGUUUGAGGAGAGAGAAUGGAGAGGUGGGCUUGUCCCAAGGAUGGGAUUGAAUGCAUUGAAGAUGAGCAAAGAUGUGAUUGCAGAGGUUAAAGAACUGGUGAGAGAAGGUGAUGGUGCAUAUUGGGUAAGAAGUGAAGGGGAAGGUGAAAAUGAAGUGGUUUUGUGCUUUUUGGGAACUCCAUUAGUGAGAGUUUCUAGUUGGAAUUGA